AUGACUCCCUUCAGCCACACAUUUGCUAAGGCCACUUUCCUCGUCGUGGUCAUCGCCUUUGCGGUGCUCCUUUCCGCCCUUGCGCCGCGCGUCUCCGCCGCCGGGAGUCCCGCCAACGCGACUGCGCCUGCUUUUGCUAAAGCGGCUGCUGCUGGCGCGAUUGGGUCUGCAAACGCGAUCAAGCCUCGAGAUGCUAGCAGCAGCCCCGUGGCGGCGACGGCGAGGCAGAGCAAGAGCUCGGGGCUAGGAAAGAACUCCACAUGCGCCUAUUACGGCAACUACAGCGCCAAGCCCUACUUCGGCAAGGGACUCACCGUGAAGCUUCCUGCAGCUAUCUUCGGCAAGCGCUGCAGCGCGUGCUACAAGGUGAUUUGCGCCAACGACGCGAAGCGCUGCCGCAGCGACAAGGCGACCGUGACGGUCCGCCGUCAUGGGCUCGACGAUGACGGAAAAUCAGAUCUCGCUCUCCCCGCUGGUGAAGCUCGAUGGGUUGGGGGAAGCUCGACGGGGUGGGGGAAGCUCGACGGGGUGGGGGAAGCUCGACGGGGUGGGGGAAGCUCGACGGGGUGGGGGAAGCUCGACGGGGUGGGGGACAAGGAGAAUCUAGGCCCGGUUCGGGCCGAAGCCGGAGGCUCGCGCUCGGCCACGGCCUGCCUCGUCCCCGUGGGCGACCGGCGGCCCACCGCCAUUUACCGUGGUGUUAGCAUGUCGACCGGUAGGAAAGAACUGACUGCGGCCGACUUCCCCCUCGAGGUGCCUCCGGGCCACGCGGGGUACAAACUGACGUUUGACGUGAAGGAGUACGACCUCCUUCGCGGUGAGAGGGCGGAGUUAACAGAACGCUGCUUCGACUUCGGCCUCGGCGUCCUGCUCGUUGUGCGCCCUGGCGACCUACUUUUGCCCGACGAGGAGGAGAUCGGGACCUUCUACCGCCACCUCGCCCCCAAGACCUCCUACAAGCUGCAUGAGGCGGAGGCGGCCAAGGUUUUGAGGGAGGAGGCCGCCGGGAUAGGGCUGCUGGCGGUCAGCGCGUUCUCGUGGUCGUUGGGCCAUUUGGACGACCUGCAUCGCAACUACGAUCCGCUGAGCGUCGAGAACCAGACGAAGGUCAGCAUGAAGGCGCUCCGACAGGGGCUGGUGAACUACCUGGAGAGGGCCGCGCUGAGCAAACGGGCGGCGUCGAGCGUGGCGUGGGAACCGGCGUCUCUCUGGUACGCCGGUGAGAAGAGCGGAGGCAUCAGACCAAAGACGGGCAAGAAGCCGCGGGCGAGCGGUGGCUCGACCACGACUAGGAUGGCGUCAAAGGCGGCCUUGGAGCGGUUGAAGGCGGCGAAGAGGGAGAACAAGAAGCUGAGGGAGGAGAAGCUGGUGGCGGAGAAGAGGCUGGACGACCAGAUGGCCCGGACGGAGACGCUAUUCUCGGUGGUUAACAUGGCCGUCGACAAGCUCUCGUCGGUCGCCGAGCGCGUGUCCACUCUCGAGAUGACGGCGGGGGCGAGCGUCACAGGGGCCGUGAAAUCUGUGAAGCAGGUCGUGCAGAAUGCGAUGGAUGGUCGCGACGCCAUCAUAGCUCACAUGAACGAGAGGUGGCUGCCCACCGUAGAUGCGUUGAACGUGGCGGCUACUGGUCUGAAGGGUAGGCGACGGGAAGACGACGAGAUGCUAUUGCGAGGUGUGGCAGAUCUCCUGGGCGAGAAGUUAAAAACCGUCGUGUCUGCUGAGGUGAAGGCCGUCAUGGAGAGCGCGGCGCCGAGGAUCGCCGCCGCCGUUGUACGCAGCCUCCAGCACCCCCCGGCCUCCACGUCUACCGACGGAAUGAGUGCGCAAGUCGUCCAAGAGCUUCGGGACGACGUGGUGAAGGCGGUCACCCCCGCGACCCAACAGGGCUUUGGUGCCGCCGGGUUGAGCCACCUGGCGAAUGCUCUCGCGUCGGUAAUGCACGGAGGUCGCUCAACUGCCGAGGAGCGAGGGCCGCCGCCAAGGCACAGCGGGAAAAGGGUUGCCGACGACAAGACCCUGUCCGACGAGCAGGCCGGCGGCGGUAAGCGAAUCAGAGGACCCACGGCCAAACGCGGUGUGGGCGUGGAAACCCCGGCCGCUAUGUAUGUUCGUAUUCCCGGCGUCGACGACUUGCUGAAAGUGGGAGGGCCCGAAGUGCUACCGAGCGACGCUGGUCGACAGGUUGCCAACGUGCCCCAGGGUCCAGCUUUGGUGGUCGGAAAGCACGGUGGGCAGCCCGUGGCGGGCCAGCAGCCCCAGCCCGCGACCAAUCCGGCGAGCGCACACGACGCGCGACCGAGCGGCGUCACGGAGCAGCUGGCCGACGAGCUCCUAGGAGGGGCAUCCGUGGUAGGGAAGCAGGGUGGGCAGCCAGUGGGGGACCAGCAUCCCCAGCCCGAGGCCAGUCCGGCGACUGCACAAGGCGCGCGACCGAGCGGCGCCACGGCGCAGGUGGCCGACGAGCUCCUGGGAGGGGCAUCCGUGGUCGGGAAGCAGGGCGGGCAGCCAGUGGGGGACAAGCAUCCCUAG